AUGGCACAGUCAGUGCUGGUACCACCAGGACCUGACAGCUUCCGCUAUUUCACAAGAGAAUCACUUGCAGCUAUUGAACAACGUAUCAAUGAAGAAAAAGCUAAAAAAUCCAAACAAGAACGCAAAGAUGAUGAUGAUGAAGAUGGCCCAAAGCCAAACAGCGACUUGGAGGCAGGAAAGACCCUGCCAUUUAUUUACGGCGAUAUACCUCCAGGAAUGGUAUCUGAGCCCUUGGAAGACCUGGACCCAUAUUACAUCAAUAAAAAAACCUUCAUAGUAUUGAAUAAAGGGAAGGCAAUAUUCCGAUUCAGUGCCACCUCUGCCCUGUACAUGUUAACUCCUUUCAAUCCUCUUAGAAAAAUAGCUAUUAAGAUUUUGGUACAUUCAUUAUUCAGCAUGCUUAUCAUGUGCACUAUUUUGACCAACUGUGUAUUUAUGACCAUGAGUAACCCUCCUGACUGGACAAAGAAUGUAGAAUACACAUUUACUGGAAUUUAUACCUUUGAAUCACUUAUUAAAAUUCUUGCAAGGGGCUUCUGCUUAGAAGAUUUUACAUUUCUUCGAGACCCGUGGAACUGGCUAGAUUUCACUGUCAUUACAUUUGCGUAUGUAACAGAAUUUGUAAACCUAGGCAAUGUUUCAGCUCUUCGAACUUUCAGAGUAUUGAGAGCUUUGAAAACUAUUUCUGUAAUCCCAGGCUUGAAGACUAUCGUGGGAGCCCUAAUUCAGUCUGUGAAGAAGCUCUCGGAUGUUAUGAUCCUGACUGUGUUUUGUCUGAGUGUAUUUGCACUAAUAGGGCUGCAGCUGUUCAUGGGCAACUUGAGGAAUAAAUGCCUACAGUGGCCUCCAGACAAUUCUACUUUUGAAACAACUGUUAUUACCUACUUUAAUAGCUCUUUAGGUGAAAAUGGUACAUUUAUUAAUACAACAAUGACAAUAUUUAACUGGGAUGAAUACAUAGAAGAUAAAAAUCAUUUCUACUUCUUGGAAGGACAAAAUGAUGCUCUGCUGUGUGGCAAUAGCUCAGAUGCAGGUCAAUGUCCAGAAGGAUAUAUAUGUGUGAAAGCUGGUAGAAACCCCAACUAUGGCUACACAAGUUUUGAUACAUUCAGUUGGGCAUUCUUGUCACUGUUUCGAUUGAUGACUCAGGACUUUUGGGAGAAUCUUUACCAGCUGACACUACGUGCUGCUGGGAAAACAUACAUGAUAUUUUUUGUUUUGGUCAUUUUCCUGGGCUCUUUCUACCUGAUUAAUUUGAUCCUGGCUGUGGUUGCCAUGGCCUAUGAAGAACAAAAUCAAGCAACCAUGGAAGAAGCAGAACAGAAAGAAGCAGAAUUUCAGCAAAUGCUGGAACAACUGAAAAAGCAACAGGAAGAAGCUCAGGCAGCAGCAGCAGCUGCAGCAGCUGACUCGAGAGAUUAUAGCGGAGUAGGUGGAAUAGGUGGAUUCUCUGAAAGUUCUUCUGAGGCAUCCAAACUGAGCUCGAAGAGUGCUAAAGAGAGAAGGAAUAGAAGAAAGAAAAAAAAGCAAAAAGAACAAGCUGAAGGUGAGAAGGAUGAGGAAGAAUUUCGGAAAUCCGAAUCAGAGGACAGCAUCAAAAGAAAAGGCUUCCGAUUUUCCAUUGAGGGGAAUAGACUGACAUAUGAAAAGAGAUUCUCUUCCCCACACCAGUCUUUGCUGAGCAUUCGUGGCUCCUUGUUUUCCCCAAGGCGCAACAGCAGAACAAGUCUUUUCAGCUUCAGAGGUCGAGCAAAGGAUGUAGGAUCUGAAAAUGACUUUGCUGAUGAUGAGCACAGCACUUUUGAAGACAAUGAGAGCAGAAGAGAUUCUCUCUUUGUUCCUCAUAGACAUGGUGAACGGCGCAACAGUAACAUUAGUCAGGCCAGUAGGUCAUCCAGGACGGUACCUCCUCUUCCAGUGAACGGGAAGAUGCACAGCACUGUGGAUUGUAAUGGAGUAGUUUCUUUAGUCGGUGGGCCUCCAGCUCUGACGUCACCUGCUGGACAGCUUUUGCCAGAGGUGAUGAUUGAUAAAGCAACCACUGCUAGCAAUGGCACUACUACAGAAACUGACUUAAGGAAAAGAAGGUCUAGUUCUUACCAUGUUCCUAUGGACUACCUAACAGAUCCUAGUGCAAGGCAGCGAGCAAUGAGUAUAGCCAGCAUGCUCACAAACACAAUGGAAGAACUUGAGGAAUCAAGACAGAAAUGCCCACCAUGCUGGUAUAAAUUUGCUAACACUUGCUUGAUUUGGGACUGCUGCACUCCCUGGCUGAAAGUCAAACAUAUUGUAAAUUUGAUUGUGAUGGACCCCUUUGUUGAUCUGGCCAUUACUAUCUGCAUUGUUCUAAACACACUGUUUAUGGCCAUGGAGCACUAUCCAAUGACAGAACAGUUUAGUGGUGUCCUUUCAGUGGGAAACCUUGUGUUUACUGGAAUUUUCACAGCAGAAAUGUUUCUCAAGAUAAUUGCCAUGGAUCCUUACUAUUAUUUCCAAGAGGGCUGGAAUAUUUUUGAUGGUUUUAUUGUGAGUCUUAGUUUAAUGGAACUUGGCCUUGCAAAUGUAGAAGGAUUAUCUGUCCUUCGAUCAUUCCGAUUGCUUCGAGUUUUCAAGUUGGCAAAAUCUUGGCCAACUCUAAAUAUGCUGAUUAAGAUUAUUGGCAACUCAGUGGGAGCUUUGGGCAAUUUGACCCUGGUGCUGGCCAUCAUUGUGUUCAUUUUUGCUGUGGUUGGGAUGCAGCUUUUUGGGAAAAGCUACAAGGAAUGUGUCUGCAAGAUCUCUAGCGACUGCGAACUUCCACGCUGGCACAUGCAUGACUUUUUCCACUCUUUCUUGAUUGUAUUCCGAGUGCUGUGUGGAGAAUGGAUAGAAACGAUGUGGGACUGCAUGGAGGUUGCAGGCCAAACUAUGUGCCUUACUGUCUUCAUGAUGGUCAUGGUGAUUGGAAACUUAGUGGUACUCAACCUGUUUCUGGCCUUGCUCCUGAGCUCCUUUAGUUCAGACAACCUUGCAGCUACAGAUGAUGAUAAUGAGAUGAACAAUCUCCAGAUUGCUGUGGCAAGGAUUCAGAAGGGAAUAGAUUUUGUGAAGAGAAAAGUGCGUGAAUUCAUCCAAAAAGCCUUUGUUAGAAAGCAGAAAGUUUUAGAUGAAAUCAAACCUCUUGAAGACCUAAACAACAAAAAAGACAGCUGUAUUUCCAACCACACGAUAGUAGAAAUAGGAAAAAACCUUGCCUACCUUAAAGAAGGGAAUGGAACUACCAGUGGCAUAGGCAGCAGUGUGGAAAAAUAUGUUGUUGAUGAAAGUGAUUACAUGUCCUUCAUAAACAACCCAAGUCUCACUGUGACAGUACCAAUUGCUGUUGGGGAAUCUGAUUUUGAAAAUUUAAAUACAGAGGAGUUUAGCAGCGAGUCAGACCUGGAAGAAAGCAAAGAGAAAUUAAAUGCCUCCAGUUCAUCAGAAGGUAGCACAGUUGAUAUUGGACUACCUCCAGAAGGAGAGCAGCCAGAAGUAGAACCUGAAGAAUCUCUGGAACCUGAGGCUUGUUUUACAGAAGGCUGUGUGCGAAGAUUCAAGUGCUGUCAAGUCAGUGUAGAAGAUGGGAAAGGGAAAAUCUGGUGGAAUCUUAGGAAAACAUGCUAUAAGAUUGUUGAACACAACUGGUUUGAGACCUUCAUUGUCUUCAUGAUUCUCCUCAGCAGUGGUGCGCUGGCAUUUGAAGAUAUAUACAUAGAACAACGUAAAACUAUCAAGACCAUGCUGGAAUAUGCUGACAAAGUUUUUACUUACAUCUUCAUUCUGGAAAUGCUUUUAAAAUGGGUGGCUUAUGGCUUUCAAACCUAUUUCACUAAUGCAUGGUGCUGGCUGGACUUCCUGAUUGUUGAUGUCUCUUUGGUUAGCUUAACAGCUAAUGCCUUGGGCUACUCAGAACUUGGUGCGAUUAAAUCCCUUAGGACACUAAGAGCUUUGAGACCUCUGAGAGCCUUGUCGCGAUUUGAAGGGAUGAGGGUGGUUGUAAAUGCCCUCUUGGGAGCAAUUCCAUCCAUUAUGAAUGUGCUUCUUGUUUGCCUUAUAUUCUGGCUGAUCUUCAGUAUCAUGGGCGUAAAUCUAUUUGCUGGAAAAUUUUACUACUGUGUUAACACUACAACUGAUGAGAGAUUUGAUAUCAGCCAAAUCAACAAUUACAGCCAAUGUGAGGAGCUCAUUAAAAACAAUGAAACUGCCAGAUGGAAGAAUGUGAAAGUUAACUUUGAUAAUGUAGGCCUUGGUUACCUUUCUUUACUUCAAGUGGCUACAUUUAAAGGAUGGAUGGAUAUCAUGUAUGCUGCUGUGGAUUCUCGUAAUGUUUUGGAUCAGCCUAAGUAUGAAGAUAACCUAUACAUGUAUCUUUACUUUGUCAUCUUUAUAAUCUUUGGAUCAUUCUUUACCUUGAACCUUUUCAUUGGUGUCAUCAUAGACAAUUUCAACCAACAGAAAAAAAAGUUUGGAGGUCAAGAUAUUUUUAUGACAGAAGAACAGAAGAAAUACUACAAUGCAAUGAAAAAGUUGGGUUCAAAGAAACCACAGAAGCCUAUACCACGACCAGCAAACAAAUUCCAAGGCAUGGUCUUUGACUUUGUAACAAAACAAGCAUUUGAUAUCAGUAUCAUGAUACUUAUCUGCCUUAACAUGGUCACAAUGAUGGUAGAAACAGAUGACCAGAGUGAAGACAUGGAAAACAUUUUAUAUUGGAUUAACCUUGUGUUUAUUGUACUUUUCACUGGAGAAUUUGUCUUGAAAUUGAUUUCACUUCGCCAUUACUACUUCACCAUCGGCUGGAAUAUUUUUGAUUUUGUAGUUGUCAUUCUUUCCAUAGUAGGAAUGUUUUUAGCUGAGAUGAUUGAGAAAUAUUUUGUGUCCCCUACUUUGUUCCGAGUCAUCCGACUUGCCAGAAUAGGUCGCAUCCUGCGUCUCAUUAAAGGCGCAAAGGGAAUCCGCACUCUGCUUUUUGCUCUGAUGAUGUCUCUUCCUGCUUUGUUCAACAUUGGCCUGCUGCUCUUCUUGGUCAUGUUUAUCUAUGCCAUAUUUGGCAUGUCCAACUUUGCCUACGUUAAGAGGGAAGUUGGAAUUGAUGACAUGUUCAACUUUGAAACAUUUGGCAACAGCAUGAUCUGCCUAUUUCAAAUUACCACAUCUGCUGGCUGGGAUGGCUUGUUAGCCCCAAUUCUUAACAGCGGGGAGCCAGACUGUGACCCUCAUAAAGAUCACCCAGGGAGCUCUGUUAAAGGUGACUGUGGCAACCCUUCGGUUGGGAUUUUCUUCUUUGUCAGCUACAUCAUCAUAUCCUUUCUGGUGGUGGUGAACAUGUACAUUGCUGUCAUUCUGGAGAACUUCAGUGUUGCAACUGAAGAAAGUGCCGAGCCCUUGAGCGAGGAUGACUUUGAGAUGUUCUAUGAAGUCUGGGAGAAGUUUGAUCCAGAUGCAACACAAUUCAUAGAGUUCAGUAAACUAUCAGAUUUUGCAGCUUCAUUAGAUCCUCCUCUUCUCAUAGCAAAACCAAACAAGGUCCAGCUGAUUGCAAUGGAUCUGCCCAUGGUAAGCGGUGACAGAAUUCACUGCCUUGACAUCCUGUUUGCUUUCACAAAGCGUGUGUUAGGGGAAAGUGGGGAGAUGGAUGCCCUCAGAAUACAGAUGGAAGACCGAUUUAUGGCAGCCAAUCCUUCCAAAGUCUCCUAUGAACCAAUCACAACCACAUUAAAACGGAAACAGGAGGAGGUAUCUGCUGUUGUUAUUCAACGUGCUUUCAGGCGUCACCUUUUAAGGCAGAAAGUAAAAAAAGUUUCAUGUAUAUUUAAUCAGGAUAAAGGUAAAGAUGAGGAUGAUCUGCCCAUGAAAGAAGAUAUGAUUAUGGAUAAAUUAAAUGAGAACUCCACUCCAGAGAAAACAGAUAUGACCCCAUCCACAACCUCCCCACCAUCCUAUGAUAGUGUAACAAAGCCAGACAAGGAUAAAUAUGAAAAAGACAAAUCAGAAAAAGAAGAUAAAGGUAAAGACAGCAGGGAAAGUAAAAAGUAA